CAAGCACUCCCAAGCACUUGACUUAGAGAAUGGGCCGCAAUGCGGUGGUCGUUGUGGUCACUUCCGGUGGUUGCUGGAGUGAUCCGCGUGCCGCUCGUGAGAGAAGUGGUGAAUGGGAAGAAUGUUGAAGCGCCACUUGAGCUGGAUUUGCCUGGAGAAGAGGCGUUCGAGACAUCACAUUUGGAACAGGCAUAUGAUAGAGACGAAGUAACUUGGAGGGAUUCUGUUGGAAGAAUGUCUCCCUCACCUGCAGAGGUGGCCUUGUGGGAUUUUCAAGACAUUUUGUACACCACUGAGCUCAAGGUCGGUCGCUUUGCCAAACCUUUGCGGGUGCUUAUUGACACGGGCUCCAGCAACUUGUGGUUGAAGAAGGAUGCUGUAAGCAAGCCAGAAGAAAUGAAUCAGUUGGCUCAUGUCACAUACGGAUUGGGAGAUGUUUUUGCGCGUGCUGCCAGGGAUCGAAUUUGCCUCGCUGCACUGUGCGUUGAGCAAGACUUUUUACUAGCUUUCAAAAUCAGAGGCAUGGGUCGAAAUUUGAAGGCCUUCGACGGGAUUCUUGGCCUAGCCUUCCCUCGCAUGUUGGAUGUUGGUACUCAAACCUUCUUCCAAACAUUAGGUGCUGCAGGAGGCUUCACUAACCUUGGCUUUGGGUUGGCUUUGCAUGGCUUGGGUCAAAACAGCUUCUUAAGCCUGGGUGAAGUAUCGGAUUUGGUUCAUGAUGCCAGACAAAGAGCGUCCGCCAAAGGUGUGACUCUGGACGUCCAGGGGAUGGAAAACCCCGCCCAGGCAGCUGCGGGGGAGCCAGGGGCGCUGCUCUUCUGGAUGGUCGCCAUGGAGCUUCAUGUUGAACAGAGGUCACGCGACCCAUCACUUGAGUCACGGCUGUUACUCAAUUUGACCGGAUAUGGAGUUGUCGAUUCUGGAACCUCUCUUCUGCUAAUGCCGAUGCCUGCAUAUUUACAAACAAUGUGGGCGCUGACCUCAGGCACAGGUAUCCAGAGGUAUGAGGGACUAGUUCCUUGUCAAAGUACGCAACUCAAUGAGUUGAUUCUUCAUUUCCGUGGCAAAGAUGGAGAGCUUUCUGUGAGUUUUUCCUCGGCUGACUUGCUCCUACCUGCACGUGAAUAUUUUGGAGAACCGCUGUGCACCAUAGGGAUAAAGCCACUGACAGGCUAUGGCAACCAGUUGCCUCACAUGGUUUUGGGCGAUGUUUUCUUUCGCAAGGUGCACUCAAUUUUUGAUCUCAAAAAUGCAGCUGUCACCUUGGUGCCCGAGACAGAGACGAACUUGAAGCGGUUUGAGUUUGGGUUUGCUGAGCCCUGGGGGGCUGUUCCAACCCUUUUCGUUUCCGCUUUGGCAUUUCUUCUGCCGCUUUCCACCUUUGUGUUUCUGGUCAUUGGGAGAGGAAGAGCCUUCGAGACAGGAUAUUCGCAGCUUUCUGGGUGAUUAAGGGUGCCAAUGCGUAUCCUGCAGCCUCAGAAAAAAGGUGUGAGGUUGCUAUCCUGGAUAUGUUUGAAAAUGCUUGGAACGCAUCUGGGUCACCUGGCGAGAUCCAGGCAAAAGCCGAGAUAGUGCUUCCAGAGAAUCUUACCC